AGAAUAAUGAGUGGAGAAGGUAAGGUAGUGUGUGUAACAGGAGCUACAGGCUACAUAGCUUCAUGGCUUGUGAAGUUGUUAUUAGAACAUGGAUACACUGUCAAAGCAUCUGUUCGUGAUCUAAAUGAUUCAAAGAAGAUGGAACACUUGGUUUCAGUAGAUGGAGCUAAAGAAAGGCUUCAUUUGGUGAAGGCAAAUUUAAUGGAAGAAGGAUCUUUUGAUGCUGUAGUUGAUGGUUGUGAAGGUGUUUUCCACACAGCUUCACCUGUUUUGCUCUCACCCACUGUUCCAAAGGCAGAGCUAAUUGACCCAGCAGUGAAAGGAACACUCAAUGUACUGAGAUCAUGUGCCAAAGUUCCAUCUGUGAAGAGAGUUGUUGUAACAUCUUCCAUGGCUGCAGUUUCCUACAAUUCAAAACCUUUGAGCCCUGAUAUGGUUAUUGAUGAAACAUGGUUUUCAGAUCCUGAUUACUGUGAGGAACUUAAGCUUUGGUAUGUGCUUUCAAAACUUUUAGCUGAGGAGGCUGCUUGGGAAUUUGCAAAGGAAAAUCGAAUCAAUUUGGUCACAUUACAUCCUGGCUAUGUUAUUGGGCCACUCUUAUCACCAACUCUCAGUGAAAGUGUAGAGAUUUUUCUCAAUCAAAUAAAUGGAGCUGAAACAUACCCCAAUAUAGUUUAUAAAAUUGUUGAUGUUAGAGAUGUUGCACUGGCACAUAUUAAAGCAUUUGAAGUUGAAUCGGCUAAUGGAAGAUACUGCUUAGUGGGAGAAACUACACAUAUCCGUGAGGUUCUGCAGAUUUUAAGAGAGCACUAUCCCACUUUGAGACUUCCUGUAAAAUGUGAAGAUGACAAGCCCUUGAUGCCAAAGUACCAAGUAUCAAAAGAGAAAGCAAUGAGUUUGGGCAUAAAUUUUAUUCCUUUGGAAGUUACUAUGAGGGACACUGUCGAAAACCUCAAGAACAAGGGUCUUUUAGUCUUCCCAACUAUUAGGUCUUAAAAAAUUAGACAUUGA